AUCAGGCUCAUUUGGCUGGAGACAUCCGCUAGUCAAAGAUGUUCUCCUGUUGCUUGCCGACUUCCCGGGGCUCUGGCUUCCAGAAACCCCAGGGAUGCGGCUUUUUCACUUGCUGUGGAUUUUGGUUCCACCGUCACACCCCACGCCUCAGGGCAUUUGCCAGGAGGCGCCCUAAGAGAUCCACACAGGAGAGGGGGCAGGAGUGGGAGGAAGAGAACCUCUGCUCCACCUCCUUGAGGAACGGGAAAGUGCCCUGCAUAGCUAAGAGAGGCCAGCGCGGGCUCAAGGUGAGUUCAGGGCCUACGGUGAUUGAGCCGGGCACGGCGGCUGGAGUUGAGUGCUUGGCACCAGCUGAGAUGCCAGGUUCUGUGUUCAAGCCAAUGCAAGUGGUGGUCACAGCUCCAAUUCACUGUCCCAACCUGGUGGAGCCACCUGAAACCUUGGCCACCUUGGAAGAAGAGCAGGCCCGGGUGCACACUAUCGUGGUCCCCGACAUGCCGAAGCAACCACCAACCUCAGUCGAGCAACCAGCUUCGGCCCUUGAGCAACAUGCUGAACCACCUCAAGAGCCUGCCCAGUCUCCUACCGUGGGGUCAGCUGAAGCUUCUGGGCCUGAUCUGUUCAAGCCAGACACCGCUGUUGGAGCUGAGUGUUUCGCCCAAGUCAAUAUGCCAGCUGCUGAGUUGAAGCCAAUGCACAUGGUGGGCACACCUCUAAUUCACUGUCCCAACCUGGAGGAGCCACCUGCACCCUUGGCUGCCCUGGAUGAGGAGCAGUCCCCAGAGGCUGCAAUCAAGGUCCCUGAAGAGCUGGAGCAGCCACCUGUUUCAGUGCAGCAACCAGCUUCGGCCCCUGAGCAACAUCAUGAACCAUGUCAAGAGCCCGCCCCAGCUACCACUACGGGACCUGAUGAGCCAUCAGGGCCUGAGAUGAUCGAACUGGUCACGGCUGCUGAAGCUGAGUGCUUGGCAGGAGCAGAGAUGGCACCUGCUGAUUCGAAGCCACUGCAGGUGUUGGUCACACCUGUGAUUCACUGUCCAGACCUGGAGGAACCACCUGCACCCGUGGCCCCUCCAAAAGGUGAAGCAGGCCCCAGUGCCUGCUCUCAAGUUCUUCAAAGGGCUGGUGCAGCCACCUGCCUUAGCAGAGAAGCCGGCCUCGGCCACCGAGCAGCAGCUCGUGAUGCCUGCAGCCCAAUGGAAGGCUUCCCCUCCCCUCUCGUUGCGCUGUUUCUAUUUUUGUGGUUGCCAUAAACCUCUAUAAUUGGUUCAUGAAUUUUGUUUGUAAUAA